UUUAACGUCGUGUUGGCGAAAGAAAAAGGACAAAAUUUCCUCCCAGAGCCCGAGACGCAGAACACGACAGCGAACAGUGCUCCACAAAGCCCAAGAACCACGAAGCUUGUUUGUCGGUGACGCAGCACGAAAAUCGUCCCUACUCUUGUUUGACAGCUCCAAUCGCUGUGGGAUAUCUUGUCCGAGUCUCUGACGGAACCGGAGCCGUGCGCGGACCGCCUGCUAGCUUGAUUCUGAAUCCGGAUUGCCACUACGGAAAACACUUUGAACGACCGACAGCAGUUUCUUCAAAAUCUCGACGACACAUACGCAAGCGCUUACUCCUCAAUCGAUAUACCUGGCACCAUUUCAAAGCUAGAAAAUCAUCAACAUGUCGAGUCAGCCUCUCCUCCAGACUGCGCCAGGCAAGCGCAUUGCUCUCCCCACUCGCGUCGAACCCAAGGUCUUCUUCGCCAAUGAGCGUACCUUUCUCUCAUGGCUCAACUUUACCGUCAUCCUCGGCGCCCUGGCGAUAGGCAUGCUUAACUUUGGCGACCGGCCCGCCUUCAUCUCGGCCUUUCUCUUCACAGGCGUCGCUAUGGCAACCAUGGUGUAUGCGCUAGUGACGUACCACUGGCGAGCCAAGUCGAUACGAUUGAGGGGCCAGGCCGGCUUCGACGACCGCUUCGGUCCGACCUUUUUGGCCCUCAUUCUGCUCCUCGCUGUGGUGGUCAACUUUGUCCUGAGAAUCACAUAUAUUUCGCAGCAGCCUUAAAGAGAUUGAGGAAGACUGAAACUGAUGGAUGGACGACCUGGGCGACGACAAGUAUGUUACGAAUUGUUGAUGGUUCAACGCUCGCUUCUGGGCGGGCGUUGCGCCAAAUAAGCCAGCAAACGAGACUUUGCACACCGGAAUGAUUGUUACUACCACUGGCGGGAUUCAAGGGAAACUAAUCUUUGAUCUCUUGUAUAACAUACGACGGAGCUUCCAGUACGAUACGUUAUGAGCUACUAGAAUGGAGAGCGCACUAAAGCAGAUUGGGGUAGGAGAUCUUGAAAUGACUAUUCAUCAUUUGUGAUGAGAGGCAGGGGCGUUUGGCAUUGAUGGCUUGCAUGGGGCCGGCGUUGGUCGACUUGGAAUCCUAAAGCAUUACAAACUAACGAAUAAAAGUUUAGAGGAGGUACUAUAAAACGAAACUAUCCC